AUGAAAUCCACGUCUCAAUGGCUUACCGUGCUGCCGAUCCUUUCUGCAAGCUUGAGCACGCUCGCAGCCCAUGAGACUCAGCGAUGCAGGCCUUGGGAAGUCGACAGGAAGCCUCGAGUUUUCAUCCUAUCCGACAUCUGUAACGAGCCUGACGACGCUCAGUCCAUGGUCCGACUCCUUACGCACGCUGACCAGUAUGACAUCCGAGGACUAGUGGCCACCACAAGCUACUGGCUGAACGAUACCACCGUCCCCGACGAGAUCGUGAAGAUUGUGAAAAGCUACGGAUCGGUCCUGGACAAUCUGCAAGUUCACGGCCAUGGACAAUACCCAACCGAAGAGCAUCUGCUCUCCGUCAUCAAGAGCGGGCCAAAGAGUUACGGCUUGGCAGCUGUAGACGCUAUCGAUGCCGGCGAGCAGAUAUCCGAUGGUGCACAGUUACUCAUUGAUGCCGUGGACGCUUCCUCGGAGCCGCUUUAUGUUCAAGCAUGGGGAGGAGCCAACACCAUCGCCGAAGCUUUGCGAUAUGUCCAAUCGAAGAGACAACACGCUGAGCUGGUUCAAUUCUGUGAAAAGAUGCGCGUCUACGCCAUUUCCGACCAGGAUAACGCCGGUGCCUGGGUCCGCCACGAGUUCCCUCAGAUACGGUACAUCGCUUCUGUCCAUUCGUGGAAUGCCUAUGGCUUGGCCGCGUGGUCUGGUAUGUCUGGCGAGGGUUUCUACGGCUUCGAUGACGGCGGACCGAACAGUGACCUAACGAGCGACGAGUGGAUAAAGACCAAUAUUCAGCUAGGUGCAUUGGGAAAAUCCUACCCAGAUAUCGUCUUCAUCAUGGAGGGCGAUUCGCCCGCCAUGCUUUUUACCAUGCAGAACGGCCUCAACGCCCCGGAACAUCCUGAAUGGGGUGGUUGGGGCGGUCGAUAUGCGCCUUCUUCCCAUGGAGGCAGGCAUUUUGCAGACACAGCUGACCACGUCCGUGGGAAGAGUGGAAAAACGUACAUGAGCAACCAUGCAACGAUCUGGCGGUGGAGACAGGCGUAUCAGAACGAGUUUGCGGCGCGCAUGCAAUGGACGCUGUAUGAUGAAAGGGACGCGCGGACGAGCCACCCGCCAGUCGUCGUGGUCAACGGGUCCUGUGGAAGCCAGCCGGUCGAGCUGGAGGUCGACGCAGGGUCUUCGGUUGUGCUGGACGCGACAGAGUCGUACGAUGCAGACUCCGGGAAAAACACGGCUCUAACUUUUUCGUGGUGGAUGUAUCGCGAGAUCACGGCGACGCAGUGGCAGGUCCGGUGGGAGGUGCCUGAGCUCGCGACACGUCGCGAUCCAGCUGUUCCCGGCGGAAGCAAGGUUGUUGUUGAGAUUCCAUCGGCCGAUGAGAGCUGCAGAGCACCGAGGGCGCUGCACAUGGCGGACGAGGUGAAGGCUGAGUGCCAGGUCUACCAUGUCAUUUUGGAGGUCUCCGGGCCGGGGGCUCCACCGAUGACACGGUACCGACGCGUGAUUUUAAAGGUGCGACUGCCGGAGCAAGAAGCGCAGAGCUGUGGCUCCCCAAGGCACGAAGAGCUCUGA